AAUACUAACAUUCGUAUAAUAUUUAACACAUUAACAAAUAGUUGAAGUAGCAGAUUUCAGAAAGUAUAUAAGAGCUGAAUGUGUGUGGAAUAAACCCCAUAUCAAUAAUAAGAAUUCAAAUUGUGCGUUGUAAAUCAGUGAUGCUGGCUCUCUCGGUAUUCCUGUUUGUAGUGAUCACCUCACAUGUGGAAUCAGUUUCAGCUAGUGAGGAGAAUUUAGGAACUCAAGUGAGAAUGAUGCUGUCACAAGUCUUCCAUCUCGGAAAGCUACAAUGUUACAAAUGUGCCAACUGUGAGGAAGUGGACAGCAGCACCGAGAAAGCGAAAAAUUGUGGAGCUUGUUUUAAAGCUGUCACGACAAAACCAGUGAAAGUAGUUUCAAGAGGAUGCCUAGGUUCUUGUGAAGGUCUCCCUAAAAUUCCAAAUGUUGAAAUGUACUGCUGUGAAUCUGAACUCUGCAAUUCAACAACACAGAUCAAAUGGAAUCUCAAGCUGAUUUGUUUCACCCUCUUUGUUUUCAUCAUCACAAAAUAUUUUCAAAAACUCUACUGAAUAUAUUUCGGUUAACUGUAACAAUCAAUGAGUGACGAUUGUGUAUUACUUUUCAAUUUUUUGGUUUUCGUUUCGAAAUAUGAGAUUCAUUAUAACUUUGUAAGAAAAUAAAUGUUCAUUUGAAGGAUUACACUUUUUAUAGACAUUACCAUCAAUCAAGUGUAACGCAUAUUUUUGUUCGUUAUAAAUUCAAAAAUUCACUUUCACAGUGACAUUCUUAUCCAUACACAAUAUAGAGUCAUCUAUAUAUUUAUGUUUCGCAUUUUGAAAACCCUAAUUUUUAACGAAAUUAGUGUGAAUACCAGUUCCAUAUUUGACUCGAUAAAUCUACGUUCUUAAAUAAUUCAUUCUACUCAUAAUUUUGAUGCCAAUUUAGAUGUGGAAAACUAAUCGAUAAUACAUCAUGUACAGUAAACUUCUUUUCAUUUGAAGCGCAUUCGAAUCAAAGUAUGCAUCAAGC